AUGUUCUGCAGAAAAACUGAGGCCGAAGGAGACGGAGACGAGAGGAAACAAUCUCAUGGAGAGGAAAUAAAGUCAGACGGGUAUAAAGUCCGAGUUCCGGCUGCGGCGACAAUCCCAGGAUGGUCUAAGGUCCAGGCCAGACCCAUAGUGCUGGUUCUGGUUCUUCUGGGGUCUCUGGUGUCCGUGCAGGGGAUUCUGGAUGAGGAUCAAGAAGAACUUCUCGUGGAGCUUCAUAACCGCUACAGGGGAGUGGUCCAGCCCAGCGCCUCAGCCAUGCUACCUUUAAAGUGGGACAGGAACUUGAAGCUCGUAGCUGAAGGAUAUGCCGCUAAGUGUGUGUGGAAUCACAAUCCUGAGCUGGAGGACACUGGUGAAAAUCUCUUCACCGGCACGGGACCUCUGGACCUCGAGAGGGCUCUGGAGAAGUGGUUCCUAGAACGAGUGGAUUAUAAUUAUUUCAACAACAGCUGCGAAGAUGACAAGAUGUGCGGACACUACACCCAGAUGGUGUGGGCCGACACACACAGAGUGGGCUGUGCCGUACAUAUCUGUGCUCAGAUGGAGGGACUGGACUGGACUGGACCUAUCAACUACCUUGUUUGCAACUACUAUCCGGCUGGGAAUUAUGAAGGAGAGCGCCCCUAUAUUGAGGGAGAUUGGUGCUCUCAGUGUCCAGAGAAUCUCCAGAACUGUGUGAACAACCUCUGUGCACCUGAUGUAGAGCCAACUGAAGCAGAACCGACUGAUGAGGAACCGACCGAUGAAGCACAGACCGAUGCAGAACCGACCGAUGAAGCACAGACUGAUGCGGAACCGACUGAUGCAGAACCGACUGAUGCAGAAUCCAUCGAACCUGAGCCGAUCGAGGCCAGAGGAGCUGUGGUCGAAGAGGAGUCAGAGACAGUCAUCACCAGGCUCUUCCUGAGCCGUGACUCUCCUGCUGAUAUUGUGGAUCCAGACCAGGACUCAGGCCCAGAGGUUAGCAUAGAGCAGGAGGCAGUGGUUCCUCCGCCAGCGACUCAGUACAUUCCCCCAGAACCAUUGGGGACAGAAGCUUCUCAAACUGAAAAGAUUGGUCUGAACAUCGGACUUGACUCUACGCCAGAGAAUGGGCCUGUCACAGAACCAGAACCAGAAGCAGAGCAGCAGCAAGAGAUUACCAAAGAUGUGGGAGAUGCAGGAGAUCCAACGAGAGUAACUCAAAUGGAACAAAAGCAAAUGAUGAGCGACAACGUGCCUCCUCCCUUUCAACCUAUGCCCCAUGAGCCUGAGACGCCUGCUCCUGAGAACCGGGGUCAGAAGCAGAUGGAGUCAGUGGAGAAACGUAAACGAGAUGAUCCUCACACUUCGUCACACUCUGUGGUCCUCACCGGGUCCUGGAGCCUGGUGCUGUUAUGGUUAUGGAACACCACAAAUCUCGCCGCACAUUUAAAGAAAAAACACGACAUCUCUCCCUCAAGCAGUGGCAGCGAAAACAACACGGACACGACGCCCUCCCCUAAGCCCCGCCCCUUGCGACAUCCUGAAGAGCUGCACUUCCUCAAUGAAUUUGGUCAACCAAUCACAGUACAGCUUGAGGAGAGAGGGCGUGGCCAGUACAGACCGAUGGAAGCUCAUUGGGAGAUGGGUCAGACUCAGAGGAGCUGCUACGGUGAGCCCUACAUGCCCGCGGACCUCUACUCCUACAUGGCACACGACCAGUUUCCCUCCGCAAGCUGUGUCCCCAGUGUGUCCUACAGCCUGAACCAGAUGGACAAGAUGGACCAGAUGGACCAGAUGAACCAGAUGAACCAGAUGAACCAGAUGAACCAGAUGAACCAGAUGAACCAGAUGGAUCAGAUGGACCCAGACUGGCUCCAGACUCAGUACUCCUGCCCCUGGCCUCCUCCGGACCACAGAACGGAUCCCACAUUAGAUCUCGACCAGGUUCAGUCUGGUCCAGGUUUGGGCCCGGACUUCCCCUGCAGUUCCUCUCAGUUCCUCAAGGGGAUGCUGCUCUCAGAGGCAGAGACUGAUAUUGUGUCAUCACUUCCAGGCCACACCCCUUCAUCUCGGGGCUCCUCCCCAUCAGACUCUUUGACAUCAUCAUUGACCUCAGAGCCCAGCGAUUCAGGCUUCCACAGUGUCAGCACUGCAGGCCCCGCCCCCAGAGUUGUAGGCCCUUCCCCUGGACACACACAUCAUCGCCCGCAUCUUCAGAGAGGACGCUGGGAACUGCAAUCAAUCCCUGAGAAUUGGAGCCCCGCUCCUCACUAUGUGCAUCACCAGUCGGACGAGGGGGGAUUCUGGGAGAUGCAGUCCAUCCCAGAGACCGGGCCGAAGGCGAGCUGCAGUGUGGGCAACAGUACCACAACUACGGUCCACUUUCACCGACCAGAACGAAGCCCCACGUCACCGCGACAGCACAGUCCCCGGCUACGACAGCGCUCGCCUGCAGCCACGCCUCCGGGGUGCCGCACUGAGCCAUGCCAACGACGAGCUCACUGGCUGCAAGAUGGAUCCAGAACCUUAACAGAACCAAAUAGAAGCCAAACCUUCACGAAUCUGACUCAGAAUCAGAACCAGCAUCGAAGGAGAGCCAGUCACCCCUGUACCCUCCAGGCUUCAGAUCCCAGAACCUCCCAGAGCGAACCCUCCGUAAGCCGGCCCACCCAGACCAGCACUGCACCCAGAAGGAGCAUGAGCAGAACCAGCCAAUGGGAUCGGAGCUUGACCCACGACAGAGAUACCAGCUUUAACCAAGACCAACACCAAGAAAACCAAAAACAGGCCAACCCAUCCACAUACACCUCCCAGUCCACCGCAGCCAGAUCUAGAGAAUCCUUGGAUCAAGUCUAUCCCAAACCAAACCGAAGCAGAGACCACAGCCUGGACCAAAACCUUCACGCUCCUCUGACUCGGACCUCCCAGACCCUCAGAACUCAAUCCAACCGAGAGCCUAUUCCUCAGUUCUACAGCACAGUCCAAUCCAGCCCCAGGUCGUCCAAUCAGAGGCCCCUGCGAAGGCAUCGAGCUCCGCGAUUGGUCCAUCAAAGGAGUGAUGUCACCACCGAUGAAGAGCUGUUCCCACCUCCCCAAGAUCGGCGCAGACCAGGCCACAAAACCCGGAUUAGAUCAUCUCAGAGUCGUACUGGGCCAGACCAGGACCCUCUCAUGGUACUAAGAGACCAGAACCUGGACCGAAUCAGGACCAGGCAGAUUCUUGAUGAAUGGACCACCAUCGAGGAGCUGCUGAGCCAUGGGACUAGAACAGAAAACCGGACCAAAGGUUGGCCCAGUCCACUUCUGUCUGUCACCACAGUCUGA